CUGUCUCAUUGGCCUCAGAACGAGGUCUGGAAACCUGAUAUCUCAUUGAAGAACUCAUUCCUUGACUACAAGGCACUGGGUGACAGCUCACUUUUAAUACAGAACAACUACCUUGGCAACAUGACAUGGACUCCGUUCCAGGUAUUUCAAACAACGUGCUCUUUCGACGUAACCUUUUACCCAUUUGAUAUCCAAGACUGCGAUUUCAAGUUCACGGCCUGGAGUUACACGAAAGCACAAGUAACUAUGCAGGCCGGGGAUAACGGAUUUGUCUUUGAUGAGUACGAGCCCAACUCGAAUUGGGACGUGAAAAAAUUCUCCUGGACAAUUGACGAAAAUUCGGAUGACUCGACCAUAAUAUUCACCGUCCGAAUUCAGCGGAAGCCAAUGUAUUUCCUGUUGACCGUUGUGCUUCCCGUACUGUUUCUGGCUGUCAUGGACCUUUUCACGUUCGUCUUGCCAAGCGAUAGCGGAGAGAAAGUCAGCUACGCCGUCACAGUCUUCUUGACCUUUGCCGUUUUCUUGACCAUAGUCUCUUCGACUCUGCCUCAGUCGUCCGACAAAGUGGCGAUCAUCGCUGUCUUCCUCCUGAUUCAAACUGGCAACAGCGCUGGCAUCACGUUGUUCGCCGUCGCACUUGUUCGCAUCAACAACUUCACAGAAUCCACCAGGAUCCCUUGCCCUCUCGUUGCUCUGAUGAACUUCUUUAAAUGCCGUGUAUGCAGGAGGAAGAACGAUGUGACGGAGAUGAAUAGCAGGAAUAACAAAGUGUCGGCGAUAAACAGGAGGAAGAGCAAUGUCGCGACGGCGAACAGGAGGAAAAGCAAUGUGACCGCGACGAAGAUGGAUUCUGAUGAAGACUUUAUGGAUGAAGAGCCGUACACGUGGAAGGACGUGUCUGACUUCCUGGACUAUUUCUGUUUCAUACUGUUUGUGUCCAUCCUCACUCUGUCUACUCUCAUAUGCCUUAACAUGGCCUCCGUUGGAGUAUAACAUCUAGCUGUUCUGAGUCUACAGCCAACAGUGAACGAUAUUAUCAUGAAUUUGAAUGUUUAUUGGUCUUUAGUAUGCUUCUUGUGGUUAUACGUUGUUCUUGAUUUAUUUGCAAUUUAAGUGUGAAAGUAGCCAGAGGCUUUUUGAAUGAUAUGGAAAAGACACGACUAUUUAUAAAAACUUGUCGGAAGAACAUCAUCUUAACAAAUAAAUAUAAUUCAUUCGUAUUCUUACAAAAUAUCAUAUAAACAUUUUCAAUCCAAUAACUCUUUUUGUAAAUCAACUGACAUAAAUGCAUGAACUUAUCUUUAAAGUGAGUGUUCUAGAAUGUUUUUUUCCCCUCUAAUUUAUAAAGCAUCUUUACAAUUCGCUGAUAAACAAAAUAAUUUGUGUAAUAAAUAUUUUUAAUUUCUGUGAUUUGUGAAAUGCUUGUUUAAGUAAUACAUGUUUCAUA